UUCAAUCCCACCAGUGCCGAGAUGCCCUAUUGAGGCUAUCGCCGGAGUUCGCUCUCGACGUCUGCGUGCGCGUUCUUCGCUUCCCCCGCUCCUCCUGCCCCCUCCCGGCGUACUCACGACUACCAGACGCUGAUGUAGCAAAGGAGAGAUGGCGGUGCCGAAGGAAACCGUGGUGGGCAGACCGAGGACAGAGGCGCCGCGAGGGCUCCGUCUCGAGCUGUAACCGGCCUUUCUCCUAAUCCGCCCCCCGUGCCUUUCGGCACACCGGAAAGGGAGCGACUUGCUCCCUCCCCUUCCGAGCGCCCCUCAGUGCUGUAAAGGGGUAAAACCGGCCCACCGGGAAGCUUCUGGUUGUUAUUAUGCCUGGCUCCUCCGUACCGCUCCAGGGCGCAGAGAGCGUCUCCGCUGCUCGAGGCUGAUGCUAAUUAUUCUUCUGGCUCCGGCCGCCGCCGCUACCACCGCCACUUUGGGCUCCUAGUACCGCGCCAGGAUAGACGGGCUGUUCGCCAGCCAUGUAUUUCCUGAGUGGGUGGCCUAAGAGGCUGCUCUGCCCCAUGGAGGCUCAGGAGUCCCCGCUCCGUAUUCAGGCGGACCCGCAACGGACUUUGUUCGCCGUGUUGUCCCCGUCUCAGCUCAACAUUUGGUACAACAGGCCCAGUGUGUUAAUUGUAAGCUACAAAGAAUCACCAAAAGCAGCACUGCAAUUUGGAUCGUAUGAUCAAGCUGAAUGGAGGCCUGAUAGCACCAUGAUAGCUGUUUCAACUGCAAAUGGAUACAUCAUGUUUUUUCAUCUUCCAUCAGCAAGAGACAAGUAUCUUUAUGAGCCAGUUUAUCCCAAAGGAAGCCCCCAUAUGAAAGGAACACCACACUAUAAGGAAGAACAAUGUGCCCCAUCAUUAAAUCUGGAGAAGAAGCAAGUAUUGGAUUUGCAAGCAUCUAUAACCAGCUUACAGUCCAUGCUGGAGGAUCUACUUGUUGCUACUAUUGAUGGUUUCCUCCAUCUUAUUCACUGGGAUGGCAUGACGAAUGGAAGGAAAGCCAUAAACCUCUGCACAGUACCAUUUUCUGUGGAUCUGCAUUCUUCUAGAGGUUCAUUCCUGGGAUUUGAAGAUGUGCACAUCAAAGAUAUGGAAUACUGUGCUACUCUUGAUGGGUUUGCUGUCGUGUUUAAUGAUGGCAGAGUUGGUUUUAUUACACCAGUGUCAAUUGGAUUCACAGCAGAGCAGCUCCAUGGUGUUUGGGCACAAGAUGUUUUGGAUGGAACCUGUGUGGCUGUGAACAACAAAUACAGAUUGAUGGCAUUUGGGUGCACAAAUGGUUCGGUACAAGUUUAUACAACUGAUCAUUCUACGGGGGCUAUGCAGCUGUCUCAUAAACUGGAGCUAACACCCAAACAAUAUCCUGAUAUCUGGAACAAAACAGGAGCUGUUAAACUAAUCAGAUGGUCUCCUGAUAGUUGUGUUGUUAUGGUGACUUGGGAAUGUGGAGGCCUUUCCUUAUGGAGUGUAUUUGGUGCACAGCUGAUCUGUACUCUUGGAGGAGACUUUGCUCAUCGGUCUGAUGGUACCAAAAAAGACCCUUUAAAGAUCAGCUCUAUGAGUUGGGGAACAGAAGGUUAUCAUCUAUGGGUGAUUGAUGCAAAUAGCUCUGGGAAUUCAGUGACAGAGAGAAACUGUAAAAAUCAAUCCCAGCAUUUUGGUAUAUUGCAGUUUCAGUUCAUCAAGAGUGCACUCACAGUUAACCCUUGCAUAAGCAACCAGGAGCAGGUCCUCCUUCAGGGAGAAGAUCGCUUGUACUUGAACUGUGGUGAUGCAAUACAAACUCAGAAUCCUAGAAAUUCCUCAGCGCAUUCUGAACAUAAAGCUCUCAAAGAAAGAGGACAGUUUUCAGAUGGCAGCUUAGAUUCUCAGGGGUUAAGCACUUUAUUAGGGCACAGACAUUGGCAUGUUGUACAGAUACACAACACCUAUUUAGAGAUCAAUUGGCCUAUAAGGUUUUCUGCCAUUGAUAAGAUGGGACAGAAUGUAGCUGUAGUUGGCAAGUUUGGUUUUGCACAUUACUCUUUGCUUUCCAAAAAAUGGAAACUGUUCGGAAACAUUACCCAGGAACAAAACAUGACUGUGACUGGUGGCUUAGCAUGGUGGAAUGAUUUCAUUGUUAUUACUUGUUAUAACUUAAGUGACCGCCAAGAAGAGCUACGGGUAUAUUUGCGGACAGCCAAUCUGGACAACGCAUUUGCCCAUAUCACCAAACUGCAGGCAGAAACAUUAUUACUCAGUGUUUUUCGGGACAUAGUAAUUUUGUUUAGAGCAGACUGUUCUAUUUGCCUUUAUAGUAUUAAAAGAAAACCCGAUGGCCCUAAUCCUACCACCAGUAUUCAGGUUCUUCAGGAGGUUUCUAUGUCACGAUAUAUUCCUCAUCCCUUCCUUGUUGUGUCUGUUACUUUAACGUCUGUGAGAACAGAGACUGGCAUCAGCUUGAAAAUGCCGCAGCAGGCCUGCGAAGCAGAGAGCAUUAUGUUAAACUUAGCAGGACAGUUAAUUAUGGUGCAAAGGGAUCGGUCUGGUCCACAGAUACGAGAGAAGGAGAGUAGUCCCAACCAAAGGAAACUUCUGCCAUUUUGUGCUCCAGUUGUACUUGCCCAGUCUGUUGAAAAUGUUUGGACUACAUGUCGUUCUAAUAAACAGAAAAGACACUUAUUGGAGGCUCUGUGGCUCAGCUGUGGUGGCUCAGGUAUGAAAGUCUGGCUUCCUUUGUUUCCCAGGGACCACCGCAAACCACAUUCCUUUCUGUCAAGACGGAUCAUGCUGCCUUUCCAUAUUAACAUAUACCCUUUGGCUGUUCUGUUUGAAGAUGCCUUGGUUCUUGGUGCUGUCAAUGACACUGUGCUCUAUGACUGUUUAUACACUCACAGCAGCGCUGUAGAACAUUUAGAGGUUCUCUUCCCUUUCUGUAUUGUUGAGAGAACAUCUCAGAUCUACCUCCAUCACAUUUUGCGCCAGCUUUUGGUGAGGAACCUGGGCGAACAAGCCUUGCUUUUGGCUCACUCCUGUGCCAUGUUACCGUACUUUCCUCAUGUGCUAGAACUGAUGCUUCAUGAAGUGCUGGAAGAAGAAGCUACCUCGCGGGAUCCAAUUCCCGACCCUCUACUGCCCACUGUGGCUAAAUUCAUUACAGAGUUCCCCCUCUUCCUGCAGACAGUUGUUCAUUGUGCUAGGAAGACAGAAUAUGCCCUGUGGAAUUAUCUCUUUGCUGCUGUUGGGAAUCCGAAAGACUUGUUUGAGGAGUGUUUAAUGGCCCAGGACUUAGACACAGCUGCUUCCUACCUUAUUAUUCUUCAGAACAUGGAAGUUCCAGCAGUUAGUAGGCAACAUGCAACUUUGCUAUUCAAUACUGCUUUGGAGCAGGGAAAAUGGGAUCUUUGUCGGCACAUGAUCAGAUUUUUGAAAGCCAUUGGCUCUGGAGAAUCGGAGACACCCCCUCCUACACCAACUACUCAGGAACCUAGUUCAAGUGGUGGCUUUGAGUUCUUCAGACAUCGCAGCAUUAGCUUGUCCCAGUCUGGAGACAGCCUUCCUGCUGGCAAGUUUAACUUACAGAAAACCUUGAGCAUGCCCUCUGGUCCAUCUGGCAAAAGGUGGAGUAAAGACAGUGAGUGUGCUGAGAAUAUGUACAUUGAUAUGAUGUUAUGGAGACAUGCUCGACGCCUUCUAGAAGAAAUCCAACUUAAGGACCUUGGGUGCUUUGCUGCACAGCUGGGCUUUGAGCUGAUAGGUUGGUUGUGUAAGGAGCGCACCAGAGCUGCCCGUGUAGAGGAUUUUGUAACAGCAUUGAAGAAACUGCACAAUGAUUUUCUCUGGCCAUUUCCAGUUAUUCCAGUUUGUUCCAUAAACUCUCCUCUCAAGAAUGGAAAGUAUAGGACAGUAAUAGGUGAACAGCUCUUAAAAUCACACUCCGCUGACAGCUUUUUGAACAUGGAAAUGGACACUGGCAUUCCCAAUGUGCCACGAAGUCACAGCUGGCUUGGUGCCAUCAAUUCCUCCCAAAGAGAGAUGGAUGCAGCAUCAUCCCACGGCCCUCACAUGCAGGAGGCAUUCCUCUCACCUUUGUUAAACAAAGGUGAUGAAUGCAGUAUUGGUUCAGCAACAGAUUUGACAGAAACAAGCUCAAUAGUGGAUGGAGACUGGACUGUGGUGGAUGAAAACUUCUCAACACUGAGUUUAACACAAUCAGAGUUGGAGCAUAUCUCCUUGGAGCUGGCCAGUAAAGGACCACACAAGUCACAGGUUCAGCUGCGAUACUUGCUUCAUAUUUUUAUGGAAGCAGGAUGUCUGGACUGGUGCAUUAUUAUAGGCCUUAUUCUCCGAGAAUCUUCAAUAAUCAAUCAAGUUUUCAGCCUAAUGCAAUCUUCAGAGGUUGAUGGAGAGAUGCUGCAGAAUAUAAAGACGGGAUUGCAGGCAGUAGAUAGAUGGGCCUCUACUGACUGCCUUGGGUAUAAGCCAUUUUUAACAGUCAUCAAGCCACAACUGCAGAAGCUGAGUGAGAUAGCAGAGGAACAAGUGAAACAAGAAGCCUUUCAACCUGCAAACCUGUCAAGGGUAACUGAACAAGCCAGUCCAAGGGCAGAAGAAAGUAGAAGUUCAGCUAGCCACAGUGCAAGUCCUCAAAGUGACACUGGCAGUAGCACUACAAUUCGACAUGAUGAAGUCAUGAUUGGAGAGGAGGAGGAGGAGGAUUCAUUCCAGGAAGCCAGUUAUGACUGCACUGUGUCCUAACACAACAUUGGAACAUUUGGCUGAUCAUAUUAAUAAGAGCACAGCUUCAUAGUAAUGGCAUUUAAGAAUACUGCUUUUGGGAAAAAAGUAAUCAAAGCCUUCAAUACUUUAACUUGUUUUUUAUUUUAAUGCUGAUUUUCUUUUAGAUGUGUUAACUAGAGAACGUUCUUAAAUCUGUGAAUGCUUCAUAGUAAGCAGUCUUGGCUCUUUCAUUUAUAAAAUGGCUGUAUUGAAAAGCAAGAGUAUUGUAAUUGUAGUUUUCAUACCAAGAUAAAUUUAUUUUGAAGACCUUAUUUUAUUCCCCUCUGUUCCUCACAGAUUUCCCUGUUACAUUUUGAGUACUUGAUCAUGCAGAAGGACAUCUUUUCUAUACCAGUACACAAGAUCACUGUUGGGUUCCUUUGGGAUGCUAGAACAAUGCAAUCUAAUAUUUGGACAUUCUGAAUUAAAUCAGUCCCCCCUGGAGAAUGAGACAAUACUUAAGAGGAGUGUUUGUCUAAUUUUCAGCUUGUUUAGGUUUUGAACCCCAACUUUAAAAAUUCAGCAAUAAAGCUAAUUAGGAUGACAGCUUGGUACAUUCUGCUUAGCUUGAUUGCCUGAAACAAAUGAUGGCCUGAUUGAGCUAGGCUGUACCUGUUUUAUAUAUUAUGCUGUUUGAUAUGACUAAACUUUUUAUAUUAAAGAAUUGUAAAAUAAUUAUGUAUGUUUUGUGAAUACUCUUGUAUAUUCUGUUCAUGCUUUUGGUGCUUGUACCACUGUGGAGAGUAACCCUCUCUAACUUGCAUGCUUGGACCUUUUAUUCCAGGAAAAUUAAAAGCAGAGUUACACUUCCAUCAGGAUGCGACAAACUUUCACUGACUCUUCAUGAGUAGUAGCCGUUGCUAGGGACUUCAUUUUGUCACUGGCCCAUUCAGAUGUAUUCUAACCAAAUUUUAAACAAAUAACUGAUGGUUCUUAUUUAUUUCACUUGUAAAUUGUUUUUCUCAAGAUGAGUUUUAUGUAAAUAGAACCACCUUCUAUAGUACUGUUGUUAAGGCUGCAUAAUGACAAUGUACAGUGUAUAUACUUAAACCACCACCUUGCAAAUAUUUUAUAAUACAUAUACUUGUAACUAAUUACAAAUGUUUAUUUUAACUCUGAUACAACAAUGUUAUGAAAAGCUGGCUGCAGCAGAGUCUCAUGGUUGCUUUGAGGUACUUAUUUUUUUCUGUCUGCUGUCCCUAAUAUGUGUAAUAUGAAAUACCCAUAACAGUAUUAACAUUUAAACAUUGGUUGGUUUCUACUGUGCAAUUGAGGGUGGGGGGAGAGAAGUGCAACACUUGUACUUUUUAUACAAAAACUAACACUAUUUUUAUAAUGUGGAUAUAAUGCAUACUGAUAUGGACCAAAAUCAUCUUAUUAUACAGAAGUAUGAGCAUCAUUGUCUGACACAACCUUGGUUCAGUUACUCAGUUUGUUCAUGCAGUUCUCUCUAUGGAUACUUAACUGGUAAUAUGUUCUGAACAUUAAAAAAGAACUUUAAAUAUAUAGAUUAUAAUUUUGUAUAUUCCUCCGGAAGACAAGAAAGAAUGGUCUUUUAAUGGAUAAAUGUAACUAGAUAAGUUUUUUUUGCUGUCGCUUAGCCCUUACCAUUGGUAAGACUGUUAGUACUGGUACAUGUGCAAUAUUUUUUAAAUAAAAAGACAAAGGGUGGAAA